AUGGAUAAAGACACGGAUUUUCCCUUCUUUUCUCGUAUUGCCUUUGAUCAGCUUGUAUCAGAAUUUUUAUCGAGCCAUAAUCCUAUGCAACGAAGAAAGGCCAUCAUUACCCAAGAAGACUAUGAUCUGAUAAUUAGUAUUCUAAAAAAUCCUACAAAUACAUCUAAUGGAACUGCUAAAGACCGUUUAUGGGCCAAAAAUAAUUUUUACUUACGCGAUCUCGGAACAUCCCAGAACCCGAUCCUUCAACUUAUGGAACUAAAAAAUGCAAGUGAAAGAUCAGAUCGGGUUAUUUGUCCGUUUCAAAACCUUUAUACUGUCCUUGGAAAGAUGCAUGGCAGCACGUAUCGACAUUCUGGUUCAAAAAAAACUUUCGAUGCAAUAAGCAGGCAAUAUGCCUACAUUCCUCGAUCAUUUGUAGAGCUAUAUGUUGCUCGAUGUACACAAUGUUGUACACGACGAAAUUUUCCGGCACCUGUUAUCAGAGAGACUAUUCUUUCAAAAAAGUUCUUGCAACGUGUGCAAGUAGACCUUGUUUCAUUUGAAAAAUAUCCAGAUCAAGACUACCG